AUGAGAAUAUUACGACGACCAGUUCAUGGCCAUCAUGGUCGAUUAUCGACCGCUACAAUACGCAACCUUCAUAGAUUGAAGAAAAAGAUGAAAAGGAAACGUCUCCGCAAAAAUAAGCAAAAAAGACCCGCAAGAAAUCGUCAACAUCGACCAAAUAACCAUUCAACUGUCACUUUGCGUCCAACACAUAAAACUGCAGUGACGCGACGAUUAACAGUCCUUGACCGAUGCAAACAAAUUCAGAUCAAUCCAUCGAAUGCAGCCGAAAUUUUGCUCCGUGAACGGCUCAUUUUCUCAGUUGAAGAUUCAUCAGGUCGACAGCCAUUAACGCAAGAAGAAGUGGUACGGUCGAAUAUCGCCUUCGGCUGUGUGCCACGUUUAGAUGAAGCAGAAUGUCAACGUUCUCUUUGUUACAAUCUUUAUUACCGUACUUUGGAUGGUACAUGCAAUAAUCUAUUUCGACCCCUACGUGGCGCUGCUUUUCGACCCUACAAUAGAUUGCUAUUCCCAGAAUAUGACAACAAACUUUCAGAGCCAGUUGUUAGCCGUUUGAUACUUUCAUCUCAAAAAACGGUGCAACAUCGAGAAUACAACGCUUUACUAAUGCAGUGGGGACAAUAUCUCAUUCAUGAAAUGGCAAAGACGACGCUUGUACCAUCGGCCAAUUUCAAAUCUAAUAGAUGCAUUCGGGUUUCACGUUCUAGUGCCAUAUGUGGUUCCGGAAAACAAAAACCACGACAACAGCUUAAUGAAAACACUAAUUUUAUUGAUGGUUCACCAAUUUAUGGAUCAAGCAUUGGGGACUUACAUAAAUUUCGAGAUGGUAAGACAGGUUUUUUGAAGACAGUUUUUUUCAAUGGAUUUCGUUUGCUUCCAUUCGACACAAGAACAUGUCGGAAUGCUGCAUCCUGUUCAGCAAUUUUCGUUGCUGGUGACAGUCGUAUAAACUUAUUCAUAGGCCUUAGCUCAUAUCACAUUAUCUUAACACGAGAACAUAAUCGACUGGUGAGUGGCUUACAAAAAUUAAAUCCGCACUGGAGCGGUAAUCGAUUGUUCAUGGAAGCGAGAAAAAUUGUUGGCGCAGAAGUUCAAGCUAUCACUUAUAGAGAAUUUUUACCAAAAAUUCUGGGGAAUGCAUUUGAGACAACAGUUAGUCAAUAUCGUGGAUAUGACCCGGAUGUUGACCCAACUCUGGUUAAUGAGUUCAGUUCGGCAGCUUUCCGAUUUGGUCAUGGGAUGAUUCAAGAAAUUUAUCUACGUCUGGAUCAGCAUUUCCGUAAUUCUUCCUUUGGAAGCUUUUCAUUCGUUGAAGGAACACAACAUACCGAUCGUUUGAUAUUCGGCGGUGGCAUCGAUCCGAUACUGCGUGGCAUGAUGAUAUUACCGGUGAAACGACCACAACGGCUCACGAAAUCGAUAACGGAAAAUAUGUUUGGUAAUACAGACUUGGGUUCUAUUAAUAUACAACGUGGUCGUGAUCAUGGCUUACCUUCAUAUACACGAUUUCGACAGUUUUGUGGACUUUCACGUGCUAACACUUUUGAUGAUUUUUCGCGCGAAAUUAUGAAUCCUCAAAUACGAGCAAAACUAAAGGAAGUUUAUGGCACACCUGAUAAAGUGGACUUGUUUGUUGGUGGUUUGGUGGAAGAUCCCGUUCAGAAAGGUUUUGUUGGACCAACUUUUGCAUGCAUAAUUGGACCACAGUUUCAAAGGACACGAGAUGGUGACCGGUUCUACUAUGAGAAUCCAGGUAUCUUCACGCGAGCUCAAUUGAUGGAGAUCCGUAAAAGUAGCUUUUCUAGGUUGCUGUGUGAUAAUGGUGAUAAUAUCAGUAAAGUACCUCGUGAAGCAUUCCGAAUUGGUCAGAUCACAUCGUGUGCCGAAAUACCACAAAUAGACUUAACAAAAUGGAGGGAAUAA